AUGGUGGCCCCGAGCGCCAUGGAGUCGGGAGUUGAAGCCAUGCAGAUGCAGGCCGCACCACCCAGACAACGUGCCCAACGACAAACGUCAUCAUGCCUUGAGUGUCGCCGUCGCAAGCAAAAGCGGACUACUUCGAUUUUCACGGUUGUGAUCCGUCAGUUUAUCACUGCUAAUGCGGUUUCUAGAGCCUCUCCCUUGUUCCCGCGACCCCAGCUACCUACAAUCGCCGACAUACAAGAUGGACCAUACUCCCACCUCAGCCCAGCUAUCAUCCAGAGUGCUCUGUACUCCAUUGAGGACCAAUCAACCAGUUCAGCUUCCUCGCCGAGUGGUUCAUAUUCGCCGACAGCAAGUUCAUCCACAUCCUUAUCGACACAAUCAACAAGAAGUCUUUGGAGACCUUACCAGACACUUGCAUCACCCGAUGGUGACACUGAUAAGACAAUAGCGCGCUCUCUUCAGAUCAUCAAAAAGGAAAACAUCAAAAGCUUUAAGCGCAGUUAUCUCGAUGAGGGGAUGAACAAGAUAGAAUCAGAUUGUCCUAUGGAGCUGGGUUAUUCAAUUGCCGGUUCCAUGACACAGCUCAACUACCUUCCCAUGAGGCCCACGAAGCUGAACAAGGAUCUUGUCCGGAUUCACCUAUCACUACUUUCACGCUUCAAAUGUUCAAUAGAUGGGCAGCCAGACCAUACGAACGAGUUCAUGAACAUAUGGGUUCCUUGUACUAUGCAGGAUCCUCUGCUCCUGCACAUCGUACUAUUCACGUCAGCGUGUUUCCUUACCGAAACUGGCGAUAUGCCAAAGAAAAUGCGGCAGAUAUAUCAGAGUCAUGUCUACUGGAUGCUCAAUAAACAGAUCGGAGACGCCAAUGGCUGGGAAAAUGAUACAGUGAUGCUUGCUGUUGUGCAGAUGAUCGCUGACUCUUGGUACUGGGGCGAGACAGACCACCUAAUGGCUCAUCUUAAAGGAUUGAAGCGUAUGGUACGGAUGAGAGGUGGCCUAAACCAGCUCGGAUUACGUGGCCAUUUGUCCAAAAUGAUAUUGAUUCAUGAUAUCGUCAUGGCAUUAGCACAUGAGAUUACGCCCUCCAUGUAUGGUCACCCUGAGUUCCCAUUUCUCGACUCGAGGAGGACGCCGAUCAAGACCGCAUACAACACACCUCUUUUAUGCCAUUGGCAAUCUUUCAGGGAAUGCUCGAACUCCUUGCAGUUGCAUCCUAGCACUGCUGAAAUACUCGACACUGCAGCUGUUGUCAUGCCAUCCAGCUCGAAAGAGGUGUCUUUGGCUGUCAAGUUCGCAGUCUUGAACCAGAUACCAACGACUGUGUGUGGUGGCGGCCAUUCUUCCAGCGGCGCCUCCUCAUCUGAAGGCAUGGUGAUUGAUCUGAGGAAGAUGCGGAAGGUCAAAGUUGACACAGAAGCCAUGACUGUCGAGUUCGAAGGUGGAUGUCUCUGGGAAGAUGUCGACAAUGCCCUCGAACGACAUGGUUUGGCUACCGUGGGAGGCGUCGUCAACCACACAGGGGCCGGAGGGCUGACGCUAGGAGGUGGACAUGGCUAUCUCACCCCUCGUCAUGGUCUAACUAUAGACAACUUGUUGGAAGCCGAAGUCGUUCUCGCCGACGGCACGAUAGUCGAAGCAUCUGAGGACAAGGAUCCAAAUUUGUUCUGGGCCAUUCGUGGUGCGGGAGCACAAUUCGGAGUCGUCACUCGUUUUCUUUCUCGGGCCCAUCAACAAGUCAAAGUCUGGAGCGGUACGCUGGCGUACUCACCUGACAAGCUGCCUGACCUAUUGCGCUUUGCAAACGAGUUGCAUGAGAGACCCAAUACGGAAGGUCAUUGUCUUGCGUUGGGUAUAGGCUUUGGGCCAAAUGGAACAACACGCAUCGUGUCCGCCAUCCCUCUGUUUCAUGGUCCUGAAUCCGAUGCGAAACAUUACUUUGCUGGUCUCCUCCAGUUGGAAUCAGUUGUUGAUAAUACUGAGAUGAUGACCACAGCGAAAACAAACACACUUUUGAAUAUGGUCAUGGACCACGGGAUUCGACGACUGACGGGAUCAGGCAAUGUCGUGAUGCCCCUGGACAUUGAACCAAUGCUACAGACUGCACAGACAUUCUGGGAAUUUUGUGAAGUACAUGGUGGGAUGGGUAAAUCUGUCAUUGCUAUCGAAUUCUUCCCGACAGAUAAGAUUCGCGAAAGUGCACAGGACGCAACUGCUUACGCCAACCGAGGAGACUACUACGAUGUCCUAACGUUGUUUGGUUGGGAGGAUCCAGACCAUGAUGGUGAAGUACGCAAAUUUAAUCGGAGCAUUUGCAGACAGGUCCGGGAGACGAAUGGGUAUCAGGCAGGUGCUGGUGGACGUUGGAGCAAGGGACCUGUUGGUGUUUAUAUCAACGUCGAAGCAGGGGGCAUAUCACCCAACGAUGCUUGGGGAGCCAACUUGCCACGUCUGAGGGCGCUGAAGAAGAAGUAUGACCCCCAGAACGUGUUCAACAAAUGGCAUAGUAUUGCCGAGGAUGCAACUUAG